GCGCGAUUUGAUGACGCCACCGAGCGGCGACACGCCUGGCUCUGGCACUGGCCCCUCGGCCUAACGGUGAAGGCGGUAAACAGGGCCCGAGCCUCACUGUAUCCCCUCCACCCUUGGCAGACAGAGCCUGCCAGGCUCUAAAGUCCGCCCCAUCACCCCCGGAACCAUAGGUGAUGAUGUAGUGUCCGAAACGCCAGGUUAACCAUGGCGUCCAAAGCACGUGAAGAAGGAAUAGAACUAUCCGGAGCCUUAGCAAAAGCUGGGGAUUCAAGCAGUGAAGGAUUGGAGCAACGUGGAAUCAAUGAAUGUAAUCCCAUGGAAGGGAAAGAUCAAAUGGAGGACAAUGCUUGGAAUCUGAGGAGAAUGGAGCCAAUGUCAAAAAGACAGAUGAAAAAGUUAAUGAGAGAGAAACAGUGGCUAGACCAAAAAGAGGAUCGCAAGCAAAAGCGUAAAGAGAAAAAGCUUAAAAGAAAACUAGAACGUCAAACUCAGUAUGAGGAAAGACAUGAAGAAUCUGCCAAGAAACGCUUUAAGAGAGAUGCCACUCCAAGUAACCUUCGUGUUGUUCUGGACUGCAGCUUUGACAGUUUAAUGGUGCUGAAGGAUGUCAAAAAACUGCAUAAACAGAUUCAGAGAUGUUACGCAGAAAAUCGAAAAGCAGCACAUCCUGUGAGGAUGUAUUUGACCAGUCAUAGUGGACAGUUGAAGAAGAACAUGGAUGAAAAUGACAAAGGCUGGGUCAACUGGAAGGGAAUUACUGUUACAACUGAACAUGUCAGUGAAGCCAUAAAGAAGGAAGACUUGGUUUAUCUCACUUCUGAUUCUCCCAAUGUGCUGAAUGAUCUGGAUGCAACAAAAGCUUAUAUCAUAGGUGGCUUGGUUGACCAUAAUCACCACAAGGGUGUAACAUACAAUAAAGCACUGGAGUUGGGAAUCGCACAUGCGCAACUUCCCCUUAGAAACUAUGUAAAAAUGGAUAGUCGCAAAGUGUUAACUGUAAAUCAUGUAUUUGAGAUAAUCCUCAUGUAUUUGGAAAAGCAGAACUGGCAAGAAGCCUUUUUCAGUAUCCUCCCACAACGCAAAGGGGCUGUAUCUGCCACCCAUUCCAUCAGCAUAGAACAAAAUGAGCCUGAACGUGACUCAGAUUCUUGCAAUUCUGUAGAAAAUGGGACCGCAGCAUCAGAAGCUCUUGCACAAGAAGAAAAACAACUCAGUGAAUUAAACUGUGAAAAGCAAGACACAGAAAUUAAUGAAGAAAUAGAUGGUGAAACCUAGCAUCCCCACCAUUUGACUAAAUAUUAUUUUGAGUCUUGGUAUGCUUAAAAUAAUCCAAAAGCAGGACUUUUGAUUUGCCCUCAUGACACUUUCCAUUUUUUCUUGUAUACCACUUCAUAUUUAAGAUACUACGAGUUCAGAGAAUUUUGUUUGGACACAAAAUUUUGACAUAUUUCAAGACAUACCAUUAGUUGUUCCUAUGUCAAUGACUACAAUCACUGCGUUAAAGUUGCUGGAGUUUAGAAAUGCGAUACCUGCAGCCAUUGUCUAUACACAUAUAGAUAACUUUAGUUACUUUGCGUUAACCUAAAGAAUUUUGGCUUAGUCAUACACAGAGCAAUUCCUAAGCCACUGACUAGUAUGAGAAUGUUAAUUUAUUCCCACAGAUUGAAUGUAAUUUCUGUGAAUAUGGUCUUUGUAUAUACCAUGUGCACACAAAUACAUCUGGUUCAAAACUAAUACUUCUAUUCCUGAUACCCGAAUUAACUGCAAACUGUUAAGCUGCUAUAAAAACAAUCUCAGGUUUUAGAAGAGCAUACCAGUGAUCAUCAAAUGAUAAUAUGGUUAGUUAAAAUUUCAGCAUGAUGCACUGAUGUACAAUGGAAUCAGUGACCAAACAACUUACCUUAAAAGUGUGUACUUGUGAGUACUUCCGUUUCAGUUGUUGUUACGGUCAUGCUUAAUGACAGGUGAUGAGUACCUUUUUAAUUAUUCAAUCCACUUGGUUCCUGUUGAUUCGAUCAAAAGCUGUGCAGUAAAAUUGAUUUAUAUUA